AAACUGCAUACGUGUGUCAAACAAAUAAUUAAUUUAAUCAUAUUUUUCAGUUUCAACUCUUGAAUUUUGCCUCUCAGAGCUCGUUUUUCUCUCCCAUCAAGUUCACGCGCAAUCAAAAUGGAGUCCGGAGCGCCCUCGAAACCCGACAUCGAUCAAAUUUUCAAUCGAUUACGAACGAUUCCAUCGAACAAGAGUUGCUUCGAUUGCUCCGCGAAAAAUCCAACAUGGGCUUCGUGCACUUACGGGAUCUUCAUUUGCAUCGAUUGUUCUGCCGUUCAUCGUAGUUUAGGAGUUCACUUGACUUUCGUCAAAUCCACGAAUCUCGACACGAAUUGGUCCUGGCAGCAAAUUCGGGCGAUGCAAGUUGGCGGAAAUGCGAAUGCUUCGGCGUUCUUUAGGCAACAUAAUUGCAAUACGACAGAUGCACAACAGAAAUACAAUUCGAGAGCUGCUCAGUUGUACAAGGACAAGUUGAGUCAUUUGGCGCAACAAGCGAUGAAGAUGCAUGGAACGAAAUUGCAUAUCGACUCACAUCAUCACGAUCAUGAUCAGGAAAAGAAGACGGAAGAAGUCGAUUUCUUCGCAGAACACAGCAAUGAGCAGAAAAAUGGCGACAAUAAUGGCUUUAAUACUACCGAAAGCAAUCAUAUUAAGAAUAACAAUAGCUUAGAAAAUUGUAAACUUACCGAUAAUAGUUCCGACGCAACAUCUACCAACAACAAAUCCAAGCCCCAAGACGCAUUCACGGGCGCUCCAAGUGUCGAUCUUCUCAAUUCCAUGAACACGGAACCCGUCAAAUCCACAAUUGGCGUGCGAAAAAUCCAACCGAAAAAAUCGGGACUUGGCGCGAAAAAAGGUCUCGGCGCCACAAAAGUCAAAGCAAACUUUGCCGACAUCGAGCAUCGUGCCAGCUUGGCGGAUCAACAAAAACUCGCCGCAACUGCCAUUCCCGAAAAACCCCUCACCGCAGAGGAAGAAGCUGAAGCUCUCGUAAGUGUUCGUCUCGCCUAUCAGGAUUUGUCGUUGAAGCAGCAAAAAGAGGAAGAAAAAUUGAAAGCGAUCGAUCCGAAUAAGGCUCGUCAAAUGGAACGCCUUGGCAUGGGAUUCAGUAAUGCGCAACGAAGUGCCGUCUCGCAUUCCUUCAUGACAGACAUGCAAGUGAUCAACCAGGAGGCGGGCAACAAAUUCAGCAGCAGUAACAAAGUCAGCAGCUACGAUCGCGACACAAAUUCUGACUUUUUCGAUGAUUAUUCGUACAUUAGCAGCGGAAGCGGGAAUGGAGGAAGCAGUAAAGACUAUGGAAGAGAUACCGCAGCAGCGAUGGGCUUCGAAACAAUUGAACCGAUUCAGGAUUCCGGCAAUGUUCGCAGUAUGUUUGAUCCGAUCCAGACCAAAAAGAGUCCAAAUGAUGAUAUGCCUUCUUCACGUUCAUACAGCAGUAGUAAUAGCGGCGGCGGAAAUCGCGGAACACCAAAAGGUUCUUACGAAUUAGAUGACGCUCAAAAGAAAUUUGGCUCUGCGAAAGGAAUCUCCUCCGAUCAAUUCUUCGGAAAUGAUUCCGGGUCAUCUUACGGAAGCGGCGGCGGAAAUUCAAAUUUGUCACGUUUUCAAGGAUCAAAUAGCAUUUCAUCAGCUGACUUGUUUGGAGAUGGUUCGAGUAACAAUUCGAGCGGGAGAAGAGGUCGUGUCAACUUGGAAUACAACGGACCCGAUCUGGAUGACGUCAAGGAAAGCGUGAAACAGGGCGUCGCUAAAGUCGCAGGUCGUUUAUCUUCUGUCAUGUCCUCCAUCCAAGACAAAUACGGAUAUUAAUUGGAAAUG